UCUUCCGGGCGUGUGUUUCCGGCGUCGGUCGCGGCCCGGACAGUGUGAGAGCUGUAAGAUGGCGGCGGCGGCGGUGGUAGAGUUCCAGAGAGCCCAGUCUCUACUCAGCACCGACCGGGAGGCCUCCAUCGACAUCCUCCACUCCAUAGUGAAGCGUGACAUCCAGGAGAAUGAUGAGGAGGCAGUGCAGGUCAAAGAGCAGAGCAUCCUGGAACUGGGGUCUCUCCUGGCGAAGACUGGACAAGCUGCAGAGCUUGGAGGACUCCUGAAGUAUGUGCGACCCUUUUUGAAUUCCAUAAGCAAGGCUAAAGCAGCUCGUCUUGUGAGAUCGCUUCUGGAUCUGUUUCUUGAUAUGGAAGCAGCUACAGGGCAGGAGGUUGAGUUGUGUUUAGAGUGCAUCGAAUGGGCCAAAUCAGAGAAAAGAACAUUCUUACGCCAAGCUUUGGAGGCAAGACUAGUGUCUUUGUACUUUGAUACCAAGAGGUACCAGGAAGCAUUGCAUUUGGGUUCUCAGCUGUUGCGGGAGUUGAAAAAGAUGGAUGACAAAGCCCUUUUGGUGGAAGUACAGCUUUUAGAAAGCAAAACAUACCAUGCCCUCAGCAACUUGCCGAAAGCCCGAGCUGCCUUAACCUCUGCUCGAACCACAGCAAAUGCCAUCUACUGCCCCCCUAAAUUGCAGGCCACGUUGGAUAUGCAGUCAGGUAUUAUUCACGCAGCAGAGGAGAAGGACUGGAAAACUGCAUACUCAUAUUUCUAUGAGGCAUUUGAGGGUUAUGACUCCAUUGAUAGCCCCAAGGCAAUCACCUCUCUGAAGUACAUGUUGUUGUGCAAAAUCAUGCUCAACAGCCCAGAAGAUGUCCAGGCUCUGGUGAGCGGGAAGCUUGCACUGCGGUAUGCGGGGAGGCAGACAGAAGCAUUAAAAUGUGUGGCCCAGGCUAGCAAGAACAGGUCACUCGCAGAUUUUGAAAAGGCCCUGACAGAUUACCGGGCAGAGCUCCGGGAUGACCCAAUCAUCAACACGCACUUGGCCAAGCUGUAUGAUAACUUACUGGAACAGAAUCUGAUCCGAGUCAUUGAGCCUUUUUCCCGAGUACAGAUUGAACACAUAUCUAGCCUCAUCAAACUCUCCAAGGCCGAUGUGGAAAGGAAAUUAUCACAGAUGAUUCUUGACAAGAAAUUUCAUGGGAUCUUGGACCAGGGGGAGGGUGUUUUGAUUAUUUUCGAUGAACCCCCAGUAGAUAAAACUUAUGAAGCUGCUCUGGAAACAAUUCAGAACAUGAGUAAAGUAGUGGAUUCUCUCUACAACAAAGCCAAGAAACUGACAUAGAGUUGGAUCUGUAGCGGUCCUUUGGCGAGUGUGUGUGGCGGGAGAGUGAAACCUUUGGGGAAAAUGCUAGGAGAUUCUUUUUUCUUUUUGUUCUACUUUUCGCUCGGAAAGUUUUUAAAUCCUCAUUUGGUGCAUCUGUAUUCCAGCCGAUAGGUGUGCCAGUUUUCAUGUAAUCUUUACUGGCCCAACUUGGGAGUGGGGACAUUGCUUACAAAAAAAAGAAAAAGAAAAAAAAGAUUAUUCUAAAUAAAAGGAAAAGGCUUACACUACCUAAAGCUGUGCUCUCUGCCUCCUGGGAGAGGGCUGUCAAGCCAGGCGCUCCGCCAGCCACCGGGCUCCACCCGCUGGCGGCACCUCUCCUCUUCAGAAUUGGGUGUUUGCCUGACCAUCAAAGCAACGACUUUUUAUUCUGUUUGUACUGAACCAAAACAAACAACUGUGGAUAGACUGCUGUUUUCUUUUUUAUUUGAAACGAGGCGUUUCCGUGUUCUUUCCCCCGUCAUACGGCUGUCCACCCACCUUCCCUCCACAAAGGCUCCAGCAGACCGGCUGAAGGUCCUGCCACCGCCCCAGCAGCAGCAGCAGCUCCGCUCGGACCUGGGAAGGACGGGACGAGGCCAGGAGCUAGUGUCCACCACGGCCACACGGGAGCAUGUGGGCCCUCGCGGGGCCUGCUGUGCAUGUGGCUCUUUUUAACACAGUAAACUAGAUUAGACGUCAAUGUUUUAAUUGCCCCCCUCUGCUCUUUCUCUUCCUUCUCUCUCCCCUUUCAGCCAGGAGACCAUCACGUGUCUCUUCUUCCUCCUUCCCCCUCGGGAAGGCGGGCUGUCGGGCGUCCAUUAGCUUCCCUUCCUGUCCCACUCCUCUCCUGCUGGCCGAUGGAUUUAUUCCGUUUUAAAACAGUGAACAUCGGAAAUGAGACUGGGGGGUGUGUUUUUAUUUUUAUUGUUGAGUUUUCGAGCAACCUCAUGUCCCCUUCCCAGGGAGCCUCUUUCCUUUCUUAGAACUGGAAGCGGGGAGGUGAGCCUGCAUACCGCAUGCUUUUUCUGGCGAGGUCACACAGUGGAUGCCACUGGCUGGUGAGCUUCGGGCCUCUGGGUGCUCAGCUCCCUCUUCCUCCUCCAGCUCUUGUCUCCUCCCUCCCUCUCCCUCCUGCUUCCUUCCUGCUGGCCUCCUUUUGUUUUUCUUUCCCUUUCUCAGAUUAUCCUUCCAGGUUUUCGUAAUAAAUUUAUAUUUUGUAAAAGGAUUUUGUUGUACCAGGUUUUGCAUCCUCACUGAAUCUGACUGGCUCUUAUUUUCCUCUCCAAAAUCAGGUUUUUAUUCUCAACAUCUCUCCCCAUCAUGUCCAGUCACUGUUUUGGUUUUGGCACCAUCAAUAUCAAAUGUACAAACGGUUCUUGCUAACCAACACCAGGUAUAUCUGAUGUUCAGAUGAGUUCCAAUAAAAACAAUUUUUUUUUCAA